AUGGCCGUUAUUUCGAAGCGAGUCGCUUGGACUGGCGUGUUGACGGUGCUGCUGUCGCUACUGUGUCACGAGCGAGUCAACUCGGAUCUGAGUGGGGACAGGCAGGCGCUUCUCUCUUUCCUCUCGCAUGUCCCGCACGAGAGCCGCCUCAGUUGGAACGAGUCCGUCCCCACCUGCGAGUGGGUGGGCGUAGCGUGCGACUCCGCCAACACCUCCGUCUUCUCCCUCAGGCUCCCCGGGGUGGGGCUCGUCGGCCAGAUUCCGGCCAACUCUCUGAGUCGACUCAGCCAGCUCCGAGUCCUCAGCCUCCGCUCCAACCGCCUCUCCGGCCCAAUCCCGCCGGACUUCUCCCGUCUCCGGAACCUCCGGAGCGUCUACCUCCAGGACAACCGGCUCUCCGGUGAGUUCCCGGCGAGCCUCACCGAGCUGAACCGGCUCGCCCGGCUGGACCUCUCCUCAAACAACUUGACCGGCCCCAUACCCUUCGCCGUCAACAACCUCACUCACCUCACCGGCCUCUUCCUCGAGAACAACGCCUUCUCUGGCGUGAUUCCGAGCAUCUCCACGCCAGGCCUCACCCAGUUCAACGUCUCCGGCAACCGGCUCAAUGGCUCCAUCCCCAGGGCCCUCGCAAGGUUCCCGGCGUCCGCAUUCUCCAACAACCUCCAACUCUGCGGGGGCCCUCUGCCCCCCUGCACCCGCCCUUUCUUCCCUUCUCCCACCCCAUCUCCGUCCCUCGGCCCUCCGGCGGGAACCGCCCCGGCCGGGGGAGGUGGCCGGAGGCUCUCGGCCGGCGCCAUUGCCGGAAUAUCAGUCGCCGGCGGUCUCCUCGCGCUCCUCCUCCUGCUGGCCAUCGCCUUCAUCGUCGUCAAGAGGAGGAAGAGGGGGCGGACGGACGCCCCCAAAUCCCAGAAACCGGUGGCCGCGGCGGCCGCGGCGGCCGGCGGCGGUGCGGCGGGGGACGCCGGGACGUCGUCGUCGAAGGACGACUUGACGGGGGGUGUUUCAGGGGAGGGAGGGGAGAGGAACAAGCUGGUGUUUUUUCCGGGCGGGGGUUACAGUUUCGACCUGGAGGACCUGUUGAGGGCGUCGGCGGAGGUGCUGGGGAAAGGGAGCGUGGGCACAAGCUACAAGGCGGUGCUGGAGGAAGGCACGACGGUGGUGGUGAAGAGGCUCAAGGACGUGGCCGCCGGGAAGAGGGAGUUCGAGCAGCAGAUGGAGGUGCUCGGGAACGUCAACCAUCAAAAUGUGGUGCCUCUAAGAGCCUUUUACUAUUCAAAGGACGAGAAAUUGUUGGUCUACGACUACAUGCCCGCCGGCAGCCUCUCCGCCCUCCUCCACGGCAGUCGAGGUUCGGGCCGCAGCCCGCUGGACUGGGACAGCCGACUGAGAGUGGCCACAAGCGCGGGUCGAGGGCUGGCCCACCUCCACACCACCAGAAACAUAGUCCACGGCAACAUAAAAUCCUCAAACAUUCUCCUCCGAGACGACGGCACAGCCUCAGUGUCCGAUUUCGGGCUCAACCCCCUCUUUUCCACCUCCUCCAACCACCGGGCCGCGGGCUAUCGGGCCCCUGAAGUGCUGGAGGCCCGUAAGGCCACCUUCAAGUCUGAUGUGUACGGCUUUGGUGUCCUGCUCCUGGAGCUUCUGACUGGGAAGGCUCCCAACCAGGCGUCGCUGGGGGAGGAGGGGAUCGAUCUGCCGCGGUGGGUGCAGAGCGUGGUGCGGGAGGAGUGGACUGCGGAGGUGUUUGACGUGGAGCUGAUGAGGUACCAGAAUGUGGAGGAGGAGAUGGUGCAGGUGCUCCAGAUAGGGAUGGCGUGCGUGGCCACGGUGCCCGACCAGAGGCCAGCGAUGGAGCAGGUGUUGAGGAUGAUGGAGGAUAUGCAUGUGGGGAGAGGUGGUGGGGAUACGGAUGAUGGGAGAGGGGGUUCAGAUAGCCAGACGCCUCCUAUCGAGUCGAGGGCUUCGCCGUCCGGUGUCACGCCUUAGGUUAAUUUGAUGGUGAUGAUGAGGAUGGGUGGUGGUUUAUUCUUUU